AUGGCUUCCUUCUGGGUGCAGAUGCAUGGAGUUCCGCUGCUAAAUAUGACCACGGUGGUGGCCAGAAAAAUAGGUUCGGUGUUAGGGCAGGUGCUGGAAGUUGACCAUACAGAGGGGGAAGAAUGUAUAGGGCGGUUCUUACGCGUUCGUAUUCGUUUGGAUGUGCGGCAAUCGCUUAUGCGUGGUUCUUUUGUUGAGUUUCCUGAAGAGGGUGCCACUUGGGAUUGGAGACAAGUGAGGACUUGCGCGGACAAAGACUUCGGCAACAUGGAUGGAAUGAGUCGUCUGAUUCCAGUCCAUGGGUCUCAGGGGACAAUAAGACGAGGGCAUACACAGGGGGGUUAUGCUGAGGACUCUAAUCUAGCUGGGAGAAUUCGUGCAACAAGGGAGGCAGAAGAACGGAAUAGGCAGAUAUGGGAGGAAGCAUGGGAGGCUGGAAUUUUGUGGCCACAUGGCAACAUUGAGGUCUCGCUUGCGAACUCAGUUGAGCCUCAUCUUCCUCAUGGAGGUGUUCAAACUUCUGUUGACAGUGGGAUCGCUGUUGAUUUGAAUGCGGUGGCCGGGGUAGAGGAAAAGACCACAGUGCAAGGAACAAUACACGAGGCCUUAAGUAACCGGGCUGAUGUCGGAGGGAAUUUGGGGGGUCAAUCUGAGGCGUUGACGUAUGGGUCUGAUCCUUUUAAUCUGGGGCCACUUAUAUUUGGGCAACCUGUUAAUUCUAACACAGGUGGUGUAGGCUCUAGGAGCAAAAGGGGGAGAGAGGAAAAUGAGAAUGGCAGUAUGGAUAAAAGGAGGUGUGCUGGUAUUCGGUUGGUGUCAGCUUGUGGAGGGAUAGGCAGUAUAGGAUCUCGAAGGGAGAUAACUUUUGACGAUACUCUAAUUUAA